GCGCGCGCGUGCUCACGAUACGCCUCAAGGCAGGCCCUUGCGAGGGGGUGGCUCCUCUGCUUUUAUUUUUGACCGUCCCCACGAUCUGUAUCCAUCUGGGCUCAAGGUUCCCGUAGGGUCGCGUCGCCGUUGCUGCCGCUCCGCGCGUGUGACCGCGCCGCGCGGCGGUUGGCGACGCCAUGGCGGGCCCCUCGAAGGUGCAGCCGACCCGUCAGACGUGGCUCGUGGGGGACUCGGACUCCGCCUCCAACCGCCACAAGAGAUUCGCCAUCACCUUCGGGCAGCCCCACUACCAGGCCGAUUUCGCCUGCGCGACGCCGCAGCGGACACCCAGCCGCUCCAGCGCCGCGCUUGCGAUGAAGGGCGACCGGCGCUGGAUUGCCGAAGGGCUCCCGACGCCGCUGGUGCCUUUCGAGUGCGUGGGCUGCGGUCGCAUGGCCUCCGCGCACCCGCGAGGCGCUGCCGCUGAGCUCUGCGGCUGCUGCCGCCAGCGCGAGGCCCCAGAGCGGGGUCCUGGCGGCGCCGACGCCGCUGCCAAUCUCCGCUGGCAGGCCAGCCUGCACGCCAAGGAACCGCGGCCCGUCCCCACAAGCGGCAAGGCGCCGGAGCGUGAGCGUUGCGCUCGCUGCGGGGCCCUGCAGCCGCAUCGGUGCGCCCUGGUCGGGCUGGAGGCACAGUUCGAUUCCCCCGAGGAUCGCAGGCGAGUCGGCUUCGUGGACCGCGGCGUGCGCCGCCACCAGCCAGAGCACCGCAGCGCCUACCACCCGGGCGGCUGGACCUCGAGCGGCUGGCCGGGGGCCCCCCCGAGGACGCCGUGGGCGGCCCCGCGGUUGCCGACGCCCUUCUCCUCACGCCCGCCCUCGGCGCCCCCCUCCGCCGCGGCCUCCGCGGCAUCCGGCACCGCCGCGGGCUCCACGCCCAGCGGUGCUGAGCCGCCCGCCAGCGCGCCGCGGGAGCCGUGCGCGCCCGCGCCCGGGAGCCCGGCGCCCUCGCAGCGGCUGCUCCGCUGGGAGGAGCGGAGGCGAGCCGCCGUGUCUCGCGCCGGCGCCGGGUGAGCCGCGGCAGCCUGCGCCGAGGCGCGGCUCAGGGGCAACCAUUGACGCUCUGUGCCCGAGGCGCCUGCAGCGCCUUGCAGGGCAGCGCUCGCCAAGGAGCAGGGGUUGCCGCCUCUCAACCACGCGUGCUGCCGCCUCUGAGGGAGGAAGGGGUCCUGCAGGUUGGAGUCCGCUGGAGGUCUGAGGUGGCCCAGCAGUAGUUCUGGCCGGCAAAGUGGGGAG